GUCCGUCCGUCCGUCCGUCCGUCCAUCCAGCCGCCCCUCCAGCCUUCCCCGGCGCGCUGCGGGCAGCGAUGGGGAGAGAAGCAGAGGUGGGCGCACUGCGAUGGAGACGCGGCGCGCUCUGCCAGGGGCUUGCGCUGCCCGUCUGGUGACAUCCGCCGGCUGCUGACAGCCCCCAUCCCGCCCGAUUCGCCCUCCGAUCCCGCCGCGGGGCUCGGCGGAGCGGCGCGGAGCAGCGCGGAGCGGGCGGCGGGGCGUGCGGGCCCGCUCCCCCCGCAGCGGUGUCAUGCCCCUGGGCAUCCCGGCCGGGAGCCGCCCGCACUGCGCCGGCACGAGGAGGUAGCGGCUCGGAGCAGAUCCCCGCAGCCGCCCCUCGCCGGGCGACCAAGUCCCGUCCACCGCCCCGCCGCCCGCCCGCCCCGUCGGGUCUCUGCAUCCCCGAGGGUCCGCGAGCAGCGGAGUCACCAGAGCCGCCGCCAUGGCCACCCUCCUCCGCAGCAAGCUCUCCAACGUGGCCACCUCGGUGUCGCACAAAUCCCAGGCCAAGAUGAGCGGCAUGUUCGCCAGGAUGGGCUUCCAGGCGGCCACCGACGAGGAGGCGGUGGGCUUCGCCCACUGCGACGACCUGGACAUGGAGCAUCGGCAAGGGCUGCAGAUGGACAUCCUCAAGUCCGAGGGCAGCGAGGAGGGCGGGGAGCCGCCCCUGGAGGGGGACAUCCACUACCAGCGGGACGGCACAGGGCCCCUGCCGCCCUCCGGCUCCAAGGAGGCCUGCUCCGAGCUCUCGGGGCAGGGCAAGCCCAAGAUCACGGCAUGGGAGGCGGGAUGGAACGUCACCAACGCCAUCCAGGGAAUGUUUGUUCUGGGCCUGCCCUAUGCCAUCCUUCAUGGUGGAUACCUAGGACUCUUUUUAAUAAUUUUUGCUGCAGUGGUUUGCUGCUACACUGGGAAAAUUCUUAUUGCCUGUCUUUACGAAGAGAAUGAGGAUGGGGAGAUAGUCAGGGUGAGAGACUCCUACGUGGACAUCGCGAACGCGUGCUGCGCGCCCCGCUUCCCCACCCUCGGGGGCAGAAUUGUGAAUGUGGCUCAGAUCAUUGAACUGGUCAUGACCUGCAUCCUCUAUGUGGUGGUCAGUGGGAACCUGAUGUACAACAGCUUCCCCAACCUGCCCGUCUCCCAGAAGUCGUGGUCCAUCAUUGCCACGGCAGUGCUCCUGCCUUGUGCGUUCUUGAAGAACCUCAAGGCAGUCUCCAAGUUCAGCUUGCUCUGCACCUUAGCCCACUUCGUCAUCAACAUCCUGGUGAUCGCCUACUGCCUCUCCAGGGCGCGCGACUGGGCCUGGGACAAAGUCAAGUUUUACAUUGAUGUCAAGAAGUUUCCCAUCUCCAUUGGCAUCAUUGUCUUCAGCUACACCUCCCAGAUCUUUCUGCCUUCCUUGGAGGGGAACAUGCAGAACCCCAAGGAGUUUCAUUGCAUGAUGAACUGGACUCACAUAGCAGCUUGCAUCCUUAAGGGACUCUUUGCCUUGGUCGCCUACCUGACCUGGGCUGAUGAGACCAAGGAGGUCAUUACAGACAACUUGCCAUCCACCAUUAGGGCAGUAGUCAAUAUUUUCUUGGUGGCCAAAGCCUUGCUCUCAUACCCCUUGCCGUUCUUUGCAGCUGUAGAAGUCCUGGAGCGGUCCCUUUUCCAAGAUGGAAACAGGGCUUUCUUCCCCAACUGCUACGGGGGUGACGGGCGGCUCAAAUCCUGGGGACUCACCCUCAGAUGUGCCCUGGUAGUUUUCACCCUGCUCAUGGCUAUUUAUGUCCCCCAUUUUGCCCUCUUGAUGGGUCUUACUGGGAGCCUCACAGGCGCAGGGCUCUGUUUCCUGCUCCCCAGUCUCUUCCACCUCAAACUCUUGUGGAGGAAGCUCUUGUGGCAUCACGUCUUCUUUGACGUUGCCAUUUUCGUUAUAGGUGGUAUCUGCAGCAUCUCUGGGCUCAUCCACUCUUUAGAAGGCCUCAUAGAGGCUUUCAGAACCAAUGCUGAAGACUAAGGAGGGGCCGGAGUCGGGUGCAGGAAGAGAAUCACACUGAACAUCCACAUAGCCAAAUAAUUCUGCAUCCUUUAAUGGAAAGAAUCAUUAUUUUCGUUACGUGCAUCCAACAAAUUCUAUGUCAUAGAAUCUGCAAAUUAAGGAAAACAAGAAGAGAUGAAAGUGCUCUCCCUGAUGUCUUUUUAAAUAAGCUCAGAUUUAAAUCUAUUUUUUUGUUAUUUAGAUUUUUUUGAAGGAAAUUAUCUGGUGCCCCGUCCCUAUCUCCUCACUCGUUGCCUGAAGCUUGGCCCCCCCACAAACGGCCUGUUGGGAAACAGUCGCAGUUUUCAACACUCCUCACAGAUAUGCAAUUCAGUGUUUCAGGAGCUGAAACACAGGUGCCGAUCCCAUGGGAUUGGGUCGCUGCGCUCACAGACGGAAGCAAACCCGCCUUUAAAGGAGCAGGGACCUUUGUUUUAACACUUUGAGAGAUGGAUGUAGAUGAGACCCAGAUUGUACGACCAGCCCAACAAGCCCAAGCAGCAGCUGACAACCAGUGAUGCUGCUUUCCUGCAAUGUUUACACCGUAGUCACACAGAUGUCAGGACUGCUUGAUUCUUUCAUCCGAAUCCGCACCGAGGAACGGCGCUUCCCAUCGAAUACAAAUGUGUUGCCUCUGGUUGAAAUCGCAGCCCUGGAGUCCACUUCUUUGUGACUUAUGUUUCGUUUCGUUUUAACAAUCGUUAUUUCUAAAUUAUGAAAAGCUAAAAAAAAAAAAAUAUAUAUAUAUGGUUGGAUUUGAUGUCGUUCAGGAUUACAGGAACAAAACUACGACACAAUUCAUUCUGUGCAAUCUACCAGAUCCGUGGAGCUGUUUCCAAUGUACGUGUGGUGUCAUUGUGGUAAAUAAGAUGAAAAAUGUAUAUCAGAAAAAAAAAAUCUAUCUUUAACAUAUAAUGUGGUACAUAAAUAUAUCGAACAAUAAAGAGAAAACAUAGAUGA